UGGCUCUUCCUAUCUGAUUAUUUGGCAACAAUAGAGUCUCCGCUCAUUAGGCUGAUUGGUUAGUUCGAAGUGGCUCCUCGACGACAGCAUGUCUCCGGGACUGUGCCGGGACUUGCGGAUUUACCUUCGGCUGCUCCAUCUGCUGGGCAUGAUGUGCUGGCACUUCGACUCGGAGGCCUGUGAGCUGUCGGCCACACCUCCGGGCGAGCGAUACGCCCUCCUAUACACCCUGGCCAUGCUGGUUGCCUCCGCCGGGUGCUUCACCUUCGUCCACCUGCAGCCCCAAAUAAUCCACCUUACCAUCUACAACCGGACGGGCAACUUCUACGAAACUAUCAUUUUCCGGAGCACCUGCCUGGUGCUCUGCCUUCUCUACGGGAUUCUCUACUUGCGACGCCACCGCCACCGGAAGUUGGUCCAGGACAUGUUGCGUCUGAACCGGAAGUGCCUGGACAAGAGCACCGACAAGCAAUUUCUGCACUACCUCAUACUCUACGGAGUGCUCACAGUCCUCGGCUUUGGGAACUUACUGAACGGCUACAGCCAGUCCGGCAUGGCCCCCCUCGCUUUGGCCUUGUGCCUGGUGGUCUACGUGUAUGCCUUCCUGGUGCUCUGCCUCCUGCUGGUGUUCUUCGUCUGCCUCAAGAUGAUUAUGGCAGCGGGACUGGGUCACUACAACCGGCAGCUUUGCUUGGAAGUUCUGCCCUCUGAGCUCAAUGGCCGGCAACGGAUCUUGGCCAUCUGCCAGGGCGAACUGGCCGACUGUUUCGGCCAGCUCAUGCUGCCCAUUGUGGCCCUGAUCUUGCUGAUGGGCCCCUCUGGUCCAUUCUACAUGAUCAGCACGAUAAUGGAGGGCAAGUUCGAGUCCCGGACAGUUCCAAUUAUUUUUAUAUCCUCCGCCACUUGGGGUCUCCCGUGGAUAAUAAUGUUGGUUCUCAUGCUUCGCUCUAAUGGUAUUACAGUGGAAGCAAAUAAAACAGCUAAAAUAUUGGCCAAGGUGCCUAGAACUGGGACAGGUUUGGAUAAAAUGAUAGAAAAAUUUCUCCUCAAGAACCUUCGACAGCAACCCAUUCUUACGGCCUAUGGAUUCUUUGCUUUGGAUAAGAGUACUUUGUUUAAGGUGAUCUUUGAAGGACCUUACCUUACUAUUCAUCCAAAUUAUUUAAAUUAUUUUUGUAGCUUUUUACGGCAAUCUUUACGUACAUGGUGAUCCUAGUGCAGUUCAAGGAAAUGGAGAACUCAACCAAGUCCAUUAAAGUAUAAUUA